ACUCACGUUAACGGUCGAGUCAGAAGUUGACAUGUCGGGUCGCGCAAACUAACAGAUCGGUAUUUUGAUUGUUUUGACUUCUCAGGAAGUCAAACCAACAAAUGAUUAACCUUGACUGAACAUUACAGACAGUGUUGGUGUUGAGAAGGCGACAUACAGCACCUUUCACAGGAAAUAUCAGACAGAAUUAGAGCUUUGUGUUUCCUGUGGAGAUUCUCUCGAUGUCUGACUGACAUUUAGAUCAUGAAUUACCGUGUCUGUCGUAAUCUCUAACCUGGAGGUUUAAAAACAUGUCCGUGUUUCCUCUGGAUUCGGCCCGUCGACUGUUAUUGAGGAGCGACACACGAUCAGCGAUGAAUAAUUAACCCAGAGAUCAGCUCGAGUGAAAGUUUAUUCAGAUCUCACUCUUGUGCGAGACACACGUGAGCGUCAGUUUGAUUGUGGAUGACGUCGUGACGUAACCGGAGGAGAAGUUAUCGAGCGCCUGUAAUCUGGGAUCUAUUUACAACAGAAACAGAGAAAGAAAGCGAACAACUCUUUCAUUGAUAGUAUAUGAAAGCAUAAUCUAUUUUUUUCCCCACUUCAAAAAAGAUGUUGUUGCACUGAUUUGUGGAUUAAGUUUCAUCAUUUUGGAAUAUGGUCUCAGCGUAGCUGUAUGUCAUGGCCUGCAGUGUCGCUAAAGCAGGUCCUGCUAAUGGCUUCCCUAUGAAAGCACAGCUGCAGAUCACGGUGAUCUCUGCCAAACUCAAGGACAACAAGAAGAACUGGUUCGGCCCGAGUCCGUACGUGGAGGUGUGCGUGGACGGCCAGUCCAAAAAGACGGAGAAAUGCACCAACACACACUCACCCAAAUGGAAGCAGUCGCUCACUGUGAUUGUCACUCCAUUCAGCAAACUGAUCUUCCGUGUUUGGAGUCACCAGACGCUGAAGUCGGACGUUCUGUUGGGCAUGGCCACCCUCGAUGUCAGCGAGACGCUCAAGUCACAUGACAUGAAGAUCUGUGAGGUUGUGCAGACGCUGCAGCUGUGCGCAGACAGAGAUCAGACCGAUAACAUCGGCGAUCUGUCCGUCUGUUUGGACGGUCUACAGGUGGAUCCCGAAACGUUUCAGUUGGCCGAGGCCAACAGCCAGAGUUCUUUAAAUGGCGAGUUGGAGCUUAAUGAAGACUCCAGCAGAAGUAGCAGGGAUCCGUCCCCAACGGUCUCAGAGGGUAUGGAUCGGCCGUCUGCUCCUAACGGCCGUGUGAAUGGAAUGGACUCUCCCUCAGGGUCAGCCAGAGGGUCACGAAGCCAGAGACCGCCACGACCCUCGCGACCUCCCCCGCCAACCCCACGCAGACCCACGUCUUCCCCAGCUUCCUCUACUGGAUCUUUUCCUGACGGCAGCGAUUCGUCUCGUUCAGACACUCCAGUUCGUAAUCCCUCUGGGGGAGGAGCCUCAGAUUCUAGCCCCGCCCCCACAGUGGAGCAGCCUGGUAGGACGGCUCUCAGUGUAGUCCCCGCCCCCAGCAGGAUUCCCAGCAUGGUCAACACCGGACCUCUGCCGCCUGGUUGGGAGCAGCGUGUCGAUCAGAACGGCCGUCUGUAUUUUGUUGACCAUGUUGAAAAGAGGACGACUUGGGAAAGACCGGAGCCUCUGCCAACAGGCUGGGAGCGGCGUGUGGAUCAGAUGGGACGGGUGUAUUUUGUGGACCACAUUACCAGAACCACAACAUGGCAGCGGCCCACGAUGGAGACGGUGCGCAACUACGAGCAGUGGCAGCACCAGCGCAGUCAGCUGCAGGGAGCCAUGCAGCAGUUCAACCAACGGUUCAUCAUCGGGCUGCAGGAUCAGGCUUCAGCCACCCAGAAUAAGGAGUUUGACCCGCUGGGACCUCUGCCACACGGAUGGGAGAAGAGAACCGACUCUAAUGGCAGAGUUUACUUUGUUCAUCACCCGACCAGAACGACGCAGUGGGAGGAUCCGCGCACUCAAGGUUUGCUAAAUGAGAAGGCGCUGCCUGAAGGUUGGGAGAUGAGGUUUACAGUCGAUGGCAUCCCUUACUUCGUAGAUCAUAACCGGAGAACCACCACUUACAUCGACCCACGGACUGGAAAGUCCUCCCUUGAGAACGGCCCUCAAAUCACAUACGUACGAGACUUCAAAGCCAAAGUUCAGUACUUCAAAUUCUGGUGUCAGCAAUUAGCGAUGCCACAGCACAUAAAGAUCACCGUCAGCCGCAAAACGCUGUUUGAAGACUCGUUCCAGCAGAUCAUGAGUUUCAGCGCUCAAGAUCUCCGCCGCAGGCUGUGGAUCAUCUUCCCCGGGGAGGAGGGGCUUGACUAUGGAGGCGUGGCAAGGGAAUGGUUCUUCCUGUUAUCCCAUGAGGUGUUGAACCCUAUGUACUGCCUGUUUGAGUACGCUGGCAAAGACAACUACUGCCUUCAGAUAAACCCCGCCUCCUACAUCAACCCCGACCACCUCAAAUACUUCAAGUUCAUUGGACGCUUCAUCGCCAUGGCCUUGUUUCAUGGAAAAUUCAUUGACACAGGCUUCUCGUUGCCGUUCUACAAGCGCAUCCUAAACAAACCCUGGGCUCUAAAAGACCUGGAGUCCAUUGACCCGGAGUUCUACAACUCCCUCAUCUGGAUUAAGGAUAAUAAUAUCGAGGAGUGUGGUCUGGAGAUGUUUUUCUCAGUGGAUAAGGAGAUCCUGGGUGAGGUGUCAACUCACGAGCUGAAGCCGGACGGCGGGAACAUCCAGGUCACAGAGGAGAACAAGGAGGAGUACAUCAGGCUGGUGGCGGAGUGGCGGCUGUCUCGUGGUGUCGAGGAACAAACUCAAGCAUUCUUUGAAGGAUUUAAUGAGGUUCUUCCACAGCAGUACCUGCAGUAUUUCGAUGCCAAAGAGCUGGAGGUGAUGUUGUGUGGUAUGCAAGAAAUAGAUCUGAAUGACUGGCAGAGAAACACCAUCUACAGACAUUACACCUCCUCCAGUAAACAAAUUUUGUGGUUCUGGCAGUUUAUUAAAGAGAUGGACAAUGAGAAGCGCAUGAGACUGUUGCAGUUUGUCACCGGUACCUGUCGUCUGCCUGUGGGAGGCUUUGCAGACCUGAUGGGGAGUAACGGAGCACAGAAGUUCUGCAUCGAGAAGGUCGGGAAAGAGAACUGGCUUCCCCGCAGCCACACAUGUUUCAAUCGUCUGGAUCUUCCGCCAUACCGGAGCUACGAGCAGCUGAAGGAGAAGCUGAUGUUUGCCAUUGAGGAGACGGAAGGUUUCGGACAGGAGUGAGAUGCUAACACACACACACACACACACACACACACUAAUUUAACUGAGAGGACAGACCAUGACUCGAUGAUCCGGCACACCAGUGCAUUAUGGGAAAAUGGGGGUUUCUGCACUCACCUGUCACUUGGUAUUCAUUUUUAUAUUCCCCGUGAGACGAAGAGGGCUUUAUGCAAGCGUGUAAGAUACGUGACUUUGAUGUUUCUACAUGUGAUUAAUCCAUCAAGACUUCUGAAGUACGGAGAGCUUUCCUCUACGACUCCAGGUGAAAGACCAGAACGAUCGUACUGAUUCACGAGAGCUCUGUGAAUGUGUGUUUUUAUGUUUGCAACCCUAUGACGGGUCUCCUCCUCGUGCCUUUUUUCCUCACUGUCAUCCAAAACAACUGGGUUGUUAAAGUGUAGCACUCUAAAACAGCAGGAGCGUCAGUCCAGAACCUGAUCGCUUGUUGCACGACUGACCAAAAUAUUCAUUCAAACUGUCAAGAAAUGCCUGUUUUCAUCCCAAAAUCAAAAUCAAAAAUUAAGAAAAUGUAUUUUGCAUUGAAAUUAGGGACCAUUUAGAUAUUUUUCAUUGUGACUUUGAUAUAUAAUACUAAUAAUAAAUAUUUUUUAUUUUAUAUAUAAUAAAAAAUAUCUUUUUUCUUUUCUUUUUUUAAUUUAUAUAUCUUGAUUUUGUGGUGAAAUAUGGCCAUGACAUUUCUAAAAUUCUGAAAAAAAAAAUUACUAAAAGUUCCAAUGAUUUAGAAGUAGAGCCUGAAGUUCUUGCACAUCGCCUCUGGUGCGUUUAAUUUCACGCUCUGGUUCUUGAGCACAGAUUCACAUUACUGAAUUAUUUCUCUGAAAUUGUGUCAUUUUUGAUGCACAACAGACGUGGCACUGGCCUUGAAUCCCUGAAGCGCUAAUGUGAGUUUAUUUUGGGACUAAAAUUGGGAGAGUGCAGUAUUUAUUACAGGUACACGCGUCAGACCGACAGCGGAGUAUCGAGCGCUCUAGUUCUAUAGGGCGGUUGCUUUUUAACACAUUUCUGGAAGCUCUUUGGCUGUUCAGACUGUAGUUUAUUUCAUGUUUUAUCAAUUAUUUGAAGUGAUACUUGUCUAAACCACUGGAGCACAAAAGCCCCGCUUAUAGUGUACAGCUGUGCUUCGGUGCAUUGCAUUAUGGGUAGUAAUCAAGGCUCAUAUGGAUGACUGUUUGAAUUUCAGAAAAAAAAAUAAAAAAUCAACAUCAAAUAUUUAUUUAAACAGUUCUUUUUAUCCAAAUUACCCUGUUUGAAUGAUUAUUUAACUAGUGAAAUUCCCGGGACGAUGGUUUAUAAACUGACAUGGCUUUCAUUUUGACUUUUAUUUCCGACUGAUCCAUGUAAACCAAACCACUUUAACUCUGUAUAUGAACUGAAUCCUGUACAUGUGUGAAUACUCUCCUCUCUGUUCUGAUGAAAAAUUAUGAUUUUAGUAUUAAAGUAGAAGCGACUGCUUUCACUGUCGUUUCAGAGUUUAUUUACUAGAGUUGAUUUGUAUGUAUAGUCAAAUGUGAAAAGAUGUUCAGCAGCAGAAUAAAGAAUUCUAUGGGAAA